UAUGCAGCUGCUUGUCAACAAGAUGGCCUUCCUCCUCCUGCCGUUUUGACACUGAUUAUUUUGGUGUCCCCGAGAACAUACCGUAAAAGCUUGUGUCACUUCUAAAUAGAUAGAGUGAGGGGGCUGCUACGAGUCCUAACAAGGCGUACAGUCAGGUAGAGUGUGUUCAGACAACUGACAGCCACACAAUCCUCGAUAGCAGCCUCCACUAAACAAGGUUGAUAAUAGAAAGUAGCUGCUGGCUAAUGUCGACGCUAGCAAGCAAGUGAGCUAGCUUAGCUACGUGGACACGGAUAGUUAACUCGUGUCACCUGCAUUUCGCUGGACAAACUGGUUUGGGCACAACGAAAUACAACUGUUAGAAACUUGUCAUCGACAGUUCACAAUUUACGGAGGUUAUCUGUGGAGAUAAACACGUACAAGGUUGUAUGUCCAGUGUUGCUGUUGAGCUUGGUGGCAGACAGUGCCCAUCAGGUUGGCACUGGGACAGGGAGCUGACAAUGAGAGACCCCUGCUGGCCAGCAUAGAUGCCAAUAUGCUUCGGUGGUCCGCAUCCUGAUGGACCGUGACACCUUCUCCCAUAUCCGUCUUUGGUGCCCACGUCCCUUUGGCACUUACUCCCAAAACAAAGCUAGGAGUCCAGGCUCAGGCAGCAGUGGUGGAGGGGGUGGAGGGGCCGGAUCCCCCUCCCUCUGCAAGGCAGAGCCCUCCUCGGGUGCCAGAAGGACGGUGGAUGGCGCUUCUGAAGAUGGAGGGAUGAUUGUGGGGGUGCAGGAAGAAAAUGGAGAGGAAGAGGAUGUUGGCUUGGAGAACACUCCACCUGAACCUGAGCUUGUCUCCAGCUCCCUGACGCAAAGCCCAACACCUCAGCCCUCCUCAGCCCCUCCCUCACCCCCUUCUUCUGGGUCCCAGAUGGAGGAUGGCCGUGUGCUUUUAGACACCUGGUAUGUCAUUAAACCAGGAAACACCAAGGAGAAGAUUGCCUUCUUUGUUGCACACCAGUUUAGUGGAGCAGGUCAGCCUAGACCCAGUGCCAUGAAGGUGAAAGGUAACUGGGCAACUGACUGCAGUAAAGCCAAAAGACGAAGGCGAUGUUCAUCCUAUGACCCUCCAACACGCUCCCAAGCCUCAGAGCCACACCUCAGCCACGAGUCCUCCUUGGCACUCAAUGCCCCUAACAGCACUGAUGAGCCACUGCUGGGAGGAGUCAGUGAGACAGACCUGCUGUCGGUGGCAGAGAUGGUUGCCUUGGUUGAGCAGAGAACAGCCAUGGCCUUGCAGGGAAUUGUGGCUGUUCAUGGUAACCAACACCACCACCACCCCCCUACUACCACUCACACCCCUCACCAGCAUACUCUGCUCCGAGGUACAGUGUCAGACCCCACUCCUGUGGUGUUUGUGUCUGACAGUUCAAAUGGCCAACCCUCCAAAGAAUCAGCGCAGGAAUCAUCUCCUAUUCAGACAGACCAGGAACUGGAGGAGCAGCAGGAAUCAUGUAGGGUUGCACAGGCCAUUGCGCACUUUGAGUCCCAGAACCUGGAGAAUCGGCUCCAUUUGGCCUCUGGUCCUGGAAAUGAAAUAGACUCUUCUAAUAAAGACCAAGAAAGAGAGCGUAGGAGAGGAGGGGAGUCGGGUAUUGUUACUCCCCCUCCACCCCCAAGUCACAGUCACGGUGAGGUGAGGAUAGCUUUCCGGGUAUCUAAUCUUGACCCACGGUCUCAGUUGGAGCCAGCUGGCAGGUCCCGCUGUAUGUUUAUGAGUUGUGGUGGUGGGGGCAGCCAGUCUGCAGCCAGGGCCAAAGAGAAAAUCACCUGUGACCUCUACCAGCUUGUCAGCCCCUCCUCACGUGAUCCCAGCAGUCUUCUCCUUGCUGCCACCACUGCUGCCCCUAAACCAGAUGGAGACCAUCAUCACUCAGACAGGCAGGCCUGUGGAAGUCCAGACCCAGCCCAGGAGCUUCCAUCUGGGGAAAAGAAAGCUGCGGGUGUGGGGAGGGAACGAGUGACUGGCUUCCAUGUUGAAGUGGUGGUCACAGGUGCUGUGGACCAAUGCGUAUUUUAUGGUAAGGACAGUACUGAGAAUGUGCAGGAGGAAACUGUGUGUUUUGCUAUGCCCACCGGAGGAGGAGGCAGUGGCAGUGUAGGCAGCUCCACUGAUCUAUCAUCAGAUGACCCCCCUCCUGGACAACUUUUCUUCCUUCAACCCCCUCGGGGCUCAGAGGAAGAUGUCAAAGGAACAGGCACUGGGAGUGGGUCAGGAAUGUGCUCUUUGGACUGUGCCAAUAACAAUGGCCCCGGGGCGGGGGUGCCAGUGAGCUCAGGGGAGCGGGCAGCACGACCAGACUCCCCUUUGGCUAGUGUUGGGGAGGACUGCUCAGACCCUUCUCUGUGUCGCUUAUAUCGCCACGUAUCUCAUGACUUCCUUGAGAUCCGCUUUCAGAUUCAGCGCCUCCUUGAACCGCGCCAGUACAUGCUGCUGCUUCCGGACCACAUCAUGGUCAACAUCUUCAGCUACUUGCCAACACGCUCCCUGGCGGCUCUCAAGUGCACCUGCCAUUACUUCAAGGUGCUGAUUGAAACAUAUGGGGUGCGGGCAGUGGAUUCACGCUGGAAUCAAGAUCCUCUGUAUAGGGAUGAUCCCUGUAAGCAGUGUAAGCGACAAUAUGAGCGAGGAGAUGUUUCCCUGUGCCGCUGGCACCCAAAACCUUACCACCAUGACCUGCCUUAUGGACGCUCUUACUGGAUGUGCUGCCGGCGCACAGACAAGGACACACCAGGGUGCCGUGUCGGGCUCCAUGAUAAUAACUGGGUCCAGCAGCCUGCUGAUGGCUCUCAGCCCAUCCGUACCAAGAGAGAGGAUAGGAGAGAGGAAGCUAGGUAGAGAGGAAAGAGUCCACCUCACACAUACUCAUCUCCUCCAGAAUUACCACUCCUUUCUUCUAUUCAUCUGAAGAUGAACAGGAGAAAGUGAGAGAUUUACAUGGAGGAAUCAGCACUCCAGGACUUUUCUUUGUUCAGCACUCCUUUCUCAUAUUUGCCCUCAGUAGAGGGAGGUUGAGAGGUAAAGAAGGAAGAGAGGUGUUUCACUCUCCUUGCCUUUUUUUUUUAAAGCCCUCAAGAGUCCCUCUCACCACCCACUGUGCUCCAGAGUGGCACCUUUAAAAAGUUUGUGUACCAGGGUUGGGGUCCCCUCCUGCUGCUGUCAGUCAGCCCACUUUCUGCCUCUAACUCAUUCGGGUUUUGUCUAACUCCAUACAUGGUUGUUAGGUAAUUCAUGUGAAAACUUUGCAGUGUAUUUUAUUAAGAUUAGCAUUCAUAAAGUGACGCAUAGAAAUGUAAUGCCCAGGAGCCUGCUUAUUGUUCCCAAUAUUAUUCUAUGUUCUGUGUUUUCACAAACUCUCAUGUUAGCUGUACAAUGGUGCUUUAAGGAAUGAGCUGUACUGAGUCCAACAGAUGUAAAACUUUAAAGUGAUAGAAUGUUCAGCAAUGCUACAGUAAUGUGAUUGUAUAAAGCAAACUUGAUUUUCCGUUGUACAAGAUUUCCAUUUGUACCCGUCCUGCACCAUGCGUUUCUAUUUCUCUGAAUGUGCUGUAAUGUUGUACUAUGUUGAUCAGUCCCCUGAUAAUGCUGCUGAAAUCAUUGCCUGUGUCACUGAUGUUUAUUCUGAAAUAGCCAUACUGUUGGUGAAUGACAGGCAGAGUCUCACCACACACUGAGACCUGCCCUUGUCAUCAUUUCAGAGUGGACCCUAACCUUGCUGACCAGCCAUAAAGAGGAGCCACCAUGUACUUUCUGGUUUACAGACAACUAUGGGAGAUGGACUUCCCUGAUUUAGAACAAAGACCAGUGGGAUUUAAUGGGAUUUAAAAAGAGAAACCUGAUGUCACUUUGGAAAGGCCUGAUGUCACUUUGUAUGGUUUGAUUGACUUGCUUGUUUGCCAUUUAGAUUAUAAUUUUUUUUUUGUUUGGUUGCUUUAUUGGGUGUGUCAGAGAAUGUUUGCUGUUGUAUUUGCUUUUAUUGUUGAGGUCUGUUCUCCCGUUAUCAGUCUGUCCCCUUACUCAGCCUACAAAGAUGUAUCAUUUGAAUGCUCCAUCUUUGUUUACGACCCCAGCUCUCUUCCUCUCCUCCUCCCCUCCGUCCUCAGAUUCGGCAGAGGGCAGUGUUUGCCAAAGCUGUCAUUCAUUAUUCGAAGCGGGUGAAACAAAUGACUACAGAUACAGACCAUCUACACCAGCUUCCAGCCUUAAAAGCCCCCUACCUCCUACCCUCCCAGCAGGACAUUGAGGCGUUGGAUACCUCACAGAGAGAGUGUUGCACAGGACCCUGUAAGUGGCUAGAUGAGAGAAACCACCCAGCUUUACUGGAUCCACCCAUAACUCUGUGCAGGAGCGAAAGAUGAACAGUGCCUGGUGACGACUCUGACUACUUAUUCUCUGGAAAAAAAAAACCUCUUUUGCUCCACCCCUCUUCUGCUUUUACACCUUCCCUACCCCUGCAAACUGACAGACUGGACGUUUAAGAAUCAAUAGGAUGAAUGAUGCUGAAACUCUGCAUGGAGGCGAAGAGAUUGUGGGUCAUCAUGGGAGAACUCUGUAGGUUCCAGACAUGUACAAUGCUAAUGGGAAAUAUCUGCUUAAAUAAAAACAGAAGUGAUGAUUAAAACUGGAAACUGGAA